CUUUCGUCGCGAGCGCACGGUCAACGCAAAGAAUUUCCCAUAAAAUAUUCCGAAUUUUCCUUUAAAAAACGCAUUAAUAUAAAUACUGUUUUGCAAAUAUAUAAAGUGUAAAUAGAACUAAAAACAAAAGUUAAUAUAGAAUAUAGCAAACACCUUAAUGGUAAUAGUUAAGAAACAAGUAGUAAAGAAGCAAGUGAGUGCGAAAGAAGAAGAAACCAUAACAAUACUUAAGUUAGCACGUGUUAAUUUUUUUGUUUUUGUAAUUUACCAAUAAGAAAACGGGAAAAAUUGAACUAAAAUCGAGUUUAAAUAUAAAAAAUCUUAUGGCAAAAGUAUAAAAAUAUUAAGAAAAAAAAAAAACAAAUACCGGUGUUGGUCGCAUCAUAUCUAUUUUAAUUGCUUUGCAUUUCCCAUCGUAUCAUCUAAACAAUUUUGGUAAAUUGCAUUUCGUUGUUGACUGCAAAACUCUCUCCCUUGUGUAUUUGUGUGCGCGCGUGUGUGUGAGUGAAUAGACGGAUAAAAACAAAACUAAUAAAAUAACAACAAUUGUAAAUAAAAAACAUACCUAUCAAAAAAUCAGUAAAUAUCGAUUUAAAAAAUUCAUAAGUGUUGAAAAAAUAGUAAAUAGCCCAAUUUGUAAAAAAAAACAAUAAAAUCUAUAAAAUAUCAAAUCAGUAAACAUAUUUUUAAGUAUUGUACUAUAAGACUUCUUUGAGUCCAAUUUAGAAGUGCUAGUGGCAUAUUUUAGAGGACAUACCGGAUUUCAGCCCAGAGACUUGAUUAAAGCUCCAUAUAUCGUUUUUUGGAAUAACCGAGAAAUCAUCUGUGAAACUUCAAAAUGGUUCAGGCUCUCGAUUACGAUUGUGAAGUUCAGGAACAACAGGAUAUACCACAGGCCAUACAGUUGUUGGGUGAAAUGAACAGCAAUGUCAAACAAGUCACAGAUCUCGUUGAGGGCAUGCUGCAACGAGUGAAACGCGGCGAACUUACCACAGAGUAUGGCCUCAGCUUUCUGGAAGUCAAAUAUCACAUGUUACUCGAUUAUCUGAUCAAUUUGACCUAUGUGGUGCUGCGUAAAUGCUCGGGCGAAACCAUCGAGGGGGAUCCCUCGAUAGAGCGUUUAAUUGAAAUACGCACAGUUUUGGAGAAGAUACGACCGAUUGAUUACAAGCUCAGAUAUCAAAUAGAUAAAUUGGUGAAGACAGCAACAACGGGGGUGUCAUCAACAUCGGAUCCUAUUCUAUAUAAGCCCAAUCCUGAAAAUAUGUUAACUAAUGCCAAUGAUGAUGGUAAUGCCGAAGAUGAUGAUGAUGAUGAGGACGAUGAAAGUGCUUCUGAAUCCGAUGACGAAGAUGCCGAGGAUAAUGAGAAGGGUGUUAAGAGACCCAAAAAGGGUGCCACUGCUGGCAAACCUGGCAUCUAUGUGCCACCCAAAAUUAAACCCGUGUAUUAUGAUGGCGAUGAGAAGCCCGAGGAUAAAGAAAAGAAACUAUUAGAGAGAGCCAAGAAACGUGCCAUAACUUCCUCCAUGAUGCAGGACUUAAAAGAAGAAUAUUUGGAUGCACCAACAGAAAUCUCUUCAGGCUCUAGAGCCCAACAGAUAUUGUCGAAAUCACAAAAGGAAAAGCAAGAGUAUGAAGAAGCUUAUUUGACCCGUCUGCCGGUAACUAAAGCCGAAAAGCAUCGUAAUAGGAAACUAACAACAUUGGGCACAUUGGGGGAUGAAAUCUUAGGCGAAAUCAGCCGUGAUCCUGCUCUUCGAGGUGACUCACUUGUUGGCAGUAGCAAAAAACGCAAAGCCAAAAUGGGCAAAGGCAAAAAAAAAGGAGGCAAAAAACGUAAAUUUCAUUAAAACUGGCAGAGAUGAAAAGAAAACCCAAAAUUAAGCAAGCAUAACUACAAAAACAAAAUUAAAAAAUAAAAAAAAAAUUUUAAACUUAUUAUUAAAAAAAAACAAACAUUUUUAAACGUGUAAAAAGAAACAAAUGCAACAACUUGAUACUAAGGAAAUUUUAUAAAUAAUUUCAAUUUUUACAAAAACAGAAAAAAACGAAGGAAAGUAACUCAAAGCCAAACACAAGUCUAUUCUGUAACGUAUGAAUAGCAAAUAUUAAACAACAAAAACAAUUUAGUUAAAAAAAAAAACAAAAUCAGUCAAGAAAGUUUAAAUAUAAAAAUGUUUAUGGAAAAAAAGUAAAUAUAUAUAUAACAUUGUGUGUAUAUCAAAAAUUUAAAACAAAAUCAACAAAUUUUUAACACAUUUUAAGCUUAUGAAUCAGAAGCAGUUUGGUAACCAAUUAGAAAGAAUGUUCAAAGCUCAUCAUGUGUUGCAUUCAUUUACAAUUGGGGGAGCUAAAUGUAAAGUUAAAGAUAUCGACCACUCACCGAUUCUAUUUAGCAAUGCAAUAUCUAUCCAUGCAUUGUUGUAAUCAAAUAACAGAUUGGUAAAAAAAUUCUUCAAAAUUCCCUGCAAAAUAUGUAAACGGUAUAUAUGACUAAAAGAUGCUCAUCAAUCCACAAUUGAUGAGCAAUAAGGUAAAAUUUUUUUAAUAUUUUGAUAUACACACAUAGUUUUUUAGUUUACAUUUUUUAAACAAUUAUGAUUCAUGCUAUAAAUAUUUUUUAAAAACCUUUUUUUAUAAAAAAAAUAAAUUAAAUUUGGUUUUUCAUUAUUAAAGUUACCUAUUUUUUAUAAAAAAGAUCCCUAUUAUUUUCUGAUAAUGAAUUUGUUUAGACCUAUGUUUGUUUUUUUUUUUAAUAUGAAAUUAAUUUUUUUUCUAAGCAACGUUAAUUACUCUAGAAAUUUUCUUCCAUAUAUUCUGUUAAAUUUUUAAUUAAAAAAGAAUAGUUAUUAAUUUUUAUGUUUUAAUAUGUGAAUUUCUAAUUUAUAGAAUAUUUUCGGAAACGAAAUGCACACCCCUUAUAUUGCUGUUUUCUUUUAAUAAUACAUAUUUUUCUAAAUAAUAAAAAAAAAAUUCCUUAAAAAAAUUUAUUUUAUUAAUGUCGUUUUUUUUUGUUUUACAACAUUUACAAAUCUAUAUCUUAACAUUGAAUUCACUAAUUCAUUUAUUGUUUUUAAUAAAGUAAUCUAUAUAUUUUUUAACAACAAUUAAUAUUAAUGCCUUAUUUUAAGAUUAAAAAAAAUUAUAGAUAUUUAUAUAUAUACUCGCAAUAAACUGCAUUGCAUUUCGGCAACCAAAUUGAAAAUGUUUAUAAAAAAACCAUUUCUUUUUUGUCUUGAGAAAAGUUACAAAAAGCCAUAUUGUUUGCAAUGUCUGCUUAAAAUUGGAUUUUGUAGUGCUCUCUCCGGCGUUGGGCUUCAAUUUAUGUUGAGCUCAACGUGGGU